AUUUCCGUCCGGUCAUCAACUCUAGUAAUAACGGCAGCUCUUGAAGGACGAAAACCCUACCCCAAGCUUUCCAACUCGAAUGGCGGACUCCGAUCCGGCUCCACCUCCAUCUCCUCCGGCGUCCGCCACCGCCGCUUCAUAUCUUCUCUCAUCGCCAUCCACGAAGCAGGACGAUCUGCAACCAGUGGCAGCAAAAGUUGCGGAACUGAAUGAAUCGCAGUCGGAGUUGUUGGAAAGACUUCAAGGUUUGAAGCAGGAUUUGCAAAACUGGAGAAGUAAGCUGGACACCCAAGUCAAGACCUACAAGGAUGAGCUUUCAGAGCUGAAGAGUAGAUUGAAUACUGACCUGGAUCAAUUAAGAUCUGACUUCAAAGAUCUGAAGACGACCCUUCAGAAGCAACAGGAGGAAGUGACUGCCAGCCUAAGAAACUUGGGGUUGAACGAUGCUCCUGAAACUCAUGCCGAAACAGAAUGCAACGGCAAGGACGGCACAGGGAAAGUCCGAGAUUCUUCAAUGGACAACACGAAAGAAAUCAAACUUUCAGAUGAUUCGGUUGAUGAAUCUUCUCAGAAGGAAAACAAAGACUAAAUAGGUGAGAAACCUUGGGAAGAAAAGUAUCUACAAGCCUUUUACAGCUAGUAGAGUCUGAAAUCACUUGUCUCUCAAGUCUCUUGAGUGUUGGUGUUGUAUCCACUCCCUCCCUGGGAGACCUGCUGCUAUGAACCAAUAAUCAAGUUUUUCUCCUGCUUUCUUUUUGUCA